AUGGAAGAAAACAUCGAAGAUGACGAGAUGGCUAAUAGCAAUAGUCAUGAAGACGAGAACAGCGAUCCAGAGGAGGACAAGUUGUCUCUUAUAUUCAGAGAAAUCCAAGAACUCCGGGAAGACAAUAAAGAGCAAUUGGGCGAAAUAAAAAGGGACAAUGUGAAGAUAAACUCGAGAGUGGAUGAAACUGAAAGACUUGCAACUGCUGAAGCCCGGGUACAAGGAGCCGAGGAUGUGCUAGCAGAAGUGGUGAAGCAGCAUGAGCAGCUAAAGCUAAAGGGUGGGAUCUGA